CUUUGGAAUCCGGCGGAAUGGAACCGGCGUCAUGAGAGCGAUUUUGGCAAAACUUUAAUUAUUAUUUUACUUAUUAUUGCGACUAUUUAUGCGCCGAAAAUAUCCUGAAAUUUAAAGAUAUUAAGAUAAUGGAAUCGGAGAACACCGAUGUUUCGGAUCCAUCAACCAAGCAUGAAAACAACGCUCGUAAAAGAAUUCGCCAUCGAAAAAAACAACUUUACGACAACAUUAUGAAGCAAAUGGAGUUUUAUUUCAGUGAUGCUAACCUUAGCAAGGACAGGUACCUCGGAGGAUUGGUAAACUCCGACCCUUACGUUCCGCUUACAGAAUUCCUAAAAUUCAACAAAAUACGGUCUUUCACGCAGGAUAUUAGUGAUAUUGUAAAGGCAAUGAAGCACUCUACGCUAUUGGAGUUGUCAGAAGAUAAACUGAAAGUAAAAAGAAAAACACCAAUGAUGCCCUAUGAUGCAGAUUCUCGGACAAUUUACGUUGAGUCAAUACCUGUAACAGCCAGCAGGGAUUGGCUAAAUAGAGUCUUCUCAGAUUAUGGCCAUGUGGCUUACAUAUCACUGCCUAAGUUUAAGAAUUCAAAUAAAAUCAAGGGUUUUGCUUUCAUAGAAUUUGAAAGACCUCAAGACGCUAUCAAGUGCAUGAAUGCAUUCAGCAAAAUGGGCUGCAAACUACCCUCAGGUACUCCUCCCGAAGAGCUAUCGUCAAUCAAAAUGUUUAGUGUUGAUAAUAAUGAUGAAAACCCUGCUGAUAACAGUGAUAAUAACCAUGAUAGUAAUCCUGAUAAUAACUCUGAGAACCAUCCUCAUGUUAAAGAAGAAUGUGAACCACCUAAAAAGAAGAAAAAGAAGAGAGACAAACACCCGCCACAAACACUAGAGUUGAAGCAAAAUCAAGAAUCAGAUAAUGAAAAAAGGAUUGAUACACCAACUGAUGAAAACAAAAGUGUGACUACACCUAGUGAGGAAGGUAAAAACACUGACGUAGAACUUGAAUCCAAAGACGAAAUGACUAGCCACGACGAGGGAAAAGCCUCAGAGGAUACUCCAAGGAAGCAUAAAGUCAAAAAGAGAUUGUCCAAAGCAAAGAUCAAAGCCAGAGCUCUAGCGAGAGGCGAAGCCCCAAAAGGAGCCCUAUGGGGGUUACAGGUUCUUCCAAAAUCAGAAUGGAAAUCACUCAGGAAUAAGUAUUUGAACCUACAAAGGAGAUACAUGAAGGAUGUUAAAUCAAAAUUAAGGAAUAAUAAGCAUGCAUAUUCAAGUAUACCAGAUCCGGCAGCGCCAUCUAUGGAAGUUGAACCUGAAAAAUAUAGCAAUCAAGAGAUAGACAGUGCCAAAAAUGUUGAACCCCUGCAGAAGAUUCCGGGUGUGUUUGUUAAAGAAGUUUUACCAGAGUCAUGUCUGGAUGUGAGGCUCACAAAGAGGACUAUCAAAACCAAUGUCCAUGUUCUACACGUGGACGUAAAGGAGGGGCAAUCAGACGUUAUUAUUCGAUUUGACUCUUCAAAGGCUGCAGAUGAGUACUGUGCGAAUUCAAGCAACCGCGCCCGUGUGAUGUGCGGCGCCGAAGAGCAGGAACAGUGGACUCUCGCGGAGAAUGCUCGCUCGAACAAGCGCGUUCGCGGGCGAACACGUCUAAUCGCGAAGGCGGCGGCGCUAACAGUUCCCCCCGCCCUCACCCCCGCCUCGCCCCAACCCACACACACACACAUAAGAUUCGAUGAAUGAUUAAAUUAAAUAAUCUACUUCAAUACC